AUGCCCAAGAAGCUUGUUCGGACUUCUGAUAUGCAAGUGGUUUCUGGGUUGCAAGUGAACGAAGGGUACUGUGCUCUCUCCUAUUCUUGGAAUCAAUCGGGAGACAGUGUUGUAGACGAAUUCACUGGCAAGGAGAAACGAGACGACCAAGGCAAACACAAAAUAGUUUAUCCUGCGAAAAAAAUACGACAAAAACCAAGAGGUCGAAAGCGCAUUCCACACAAGGUUAGACUUGUCAAGUUCGAAGGUCUUAUACAGCAAAUAUGCAAAGAUUUCAACAUCAAGUACAUAUGGUAUGACCAAAUGUGUAUCAAUCAAGAUGAUAUGGAAGAGAAGCGGGAGGAGAUACGACAUAUGCAUCGAAUCUAUUCCAACGCGUACUGCACCGUAGCUUUGGUACCCGAACUACAGGUGCGCAAGUACAUCAGCAAGAGGACGGAUAUACUGUAUUCCGAAUGUACCAAGGAACAUGACAGGGUCUUUGCGCUCGCCAACAUUUUUCCAGAAGUCAUGAGCAAGAUAACUGUUGACUACGACCAAUCGUUACACGACCUAUUGAUCCAGUUUUACGGCGCUUUAGCAGAACAUGAUUUAUCUGUCUUGUGCUUUAAGCGACGUGGUUACUCUCGCCUGUACAAGUCGAUUGCAGGUACUCACCCCACCGAGGCAGAUCCAAAUUACAUCGGAUUUCCACUGGAAUCUCAUCGGUUACCAUCGUGGACUGGCGUCGCCGGAGAACAUUAUCAAAUGGGGCAAUUGAAAACCAACUUCCAAAACUACUGCAUCAAUGGAGGGACCUUGGAAGUGACUUGCAUCGCAGUUACCAACAACAACCGGUCGAUUGCACCACCGCUUGUUUUCGAGAGCACUGACAUACCACCUAUACCUAAGGUCAAGGCACAAGGCGUUUACUAUCUUGCAAUAAUCGCACAACUGCCUGACUACGGCACUAAAACCGUCUACCUUAUAUCCGAAAGAGCUAUUUUAGACAAGGCUGGUAUACAAGCUCUAUCUAAAAAAUGCAGCUUACUGUCAUUUUUACUGCCAAUCAAGAAGGAGAAUCUGUGCUGGUUGGAUCGUGCUGUAGAAAAGGACCACACGCUUGUAGACGAUAUCAAUUUGACGGAAGAUAUUAGCGAUACUUCUCGACAGCUUGUAAUGCUUUCCGAAAUAAGCUUUCCCGUCUCUGAUGAUUUUACAACAUGCUACUACCCUGUUGUCAAAAAAGAUGGUGAUCAUUACAAAGCUAUUGGUAUUUGUAUACUAGAUGAUCCUGAAUUAUUAUUGGCCGGAUAUACUCCCGCCAAACAAACGUAUCGUAUUCAAUAAAAAACCGGUUACAAUGCUUUGUAUGUAAUGGUACCAGAAGAUAUCAAGAGCAUUCAUAAAGGAUAAUUGUGAGCCUUUAUAAAGUGUCAUGUCGACUCGGGUCGACAUAGUUUUUCUAGCAUAUUAAACGAUUGCUGGACUGAAAAUAGAGCUAAUGAUACAUGCUAUAUAACAUCCACAAGUAUGGUCGCGUCUCCUAGAUGAGCU